CGGAUUUAGUUUUACUCUCAGGGGGGGGCAAAAAAAAGGGUUAUUCUUGUUAGGCGUUGUUUUUAAUGGAAAUAGUUUUUUUGAGUAUCCAGUUUAGAAUACCUUAUUGCUGGUUUUAUCAUCACGCUAGUUUCGUACAUAAAUACAAUAUUUACUGUUUGUUUGAUAAUGAUGAAGUUCUGCUGGUCGUGAGCUUAGCCUUAGGGAGCAGCCCUAACCGCUGCGCCCCCUGCUGCCCGGUCCAGCUUUGCAACGUGACUCUGUCGCUACAGCAUCAUGGCUCAGCGUUUGGAGGAAGAUAAGGGUCCGGUGGAGAUGAAGCGCAGUGAGACGCUCAUCGUCCGCCACCUGCCCGCAGAGCUCACCAGGGACGAGAAGGAGGAUCUCCUCAAGUACUUUGGAGCCAUUUCAGUGAGAGUUUUCUCCGAUAAGGGCUUUCUGAAACACACUGCCUUUGCGAGUUUCCCCAGCGAGAAGUCCGCAGCAAAGGCCCUCGGUCGGCUCCACCAGUUGCAAGUACUGGGCUGCACGCUUGUCGUCGAGUUUGCGAAGCACCAGGGAAGUGUUGCCUCGCUGAAGGAUCCUCCAGUGUCGGACAGUUCAACCGGUGGAAAAGAUGGGAAAGAGAAAAAGGAGGGACAGCAGCAGAGCGUUCCCUUGAUAGAAACGGGUGUUGCUCCUAACCUCGGGUUAAAGUUUCAGAUGAAUUCUUCUCUGAAGUAUUUAUACCCACCACCUUCAACUGGAAUUCUAACCAAUAUUACACACGCCCUUGCAAGUGUACCAAAAUUUUACGUUCAAGUUCUUCACUUGAUGAAUAAAAUGAGUCUUCCCUGUCCAUUUGGCCCUAUUACUGCCAGACCCCCUAUGGUGUAUGACUCUGCUCCUGCACCGCCUCCUCCCAUGCCCCCAUGCCCUCCGGAGUACCCCCCCCUUCCCGAGGAGGAGAUGGAGUUCUCGAGUGAGGAAGAGUCAGAAUAUGAAAGCGGAGAUGACGAGGAGAAAGAGAGGUUGUUAAGGGUCAUGGGCCUUGCAAAUCAGCCAUGCAAAAGGCCCCUGAAGGCAAAGCGGUCUUCUGCAAGAAAGAAGCCCAAAUUGAAGGACCUCCUUUUUGUCCCGAAACAAGAUUUACCCAGUGGGCCCAGUGCGGUUCUGCAGCCGUCUGACGUGUUUGAGCAACCCGAGCCCUGCGGACAGAAGAAAAUCGAGUUCCAUAUCUCGGCCGACACGCAGGUCGGCAUGUUGGAUGGAGAACCCGGAGUGCAAGAGGAGGACAGUGCCGUCACUACAGACGAUGCUGAGAAGGAGACCGUGGAGCAGCCCGGCAAUGGCUUUGGGAAGAUUUAUCCUGUACCUCAAGCUGCCAGGCAGGAGGAAGAGGAGAGCGAGGAAGAGGAGGACAUCCCGUCUGAGUUCAUCUCCAGGAGGGAGCUCGAGAAAGGCCGCCUCUCCAGAGACGAGGUGAAGAGGAUGUCUGUGUUCAAAAACUAUGAACCUGGAGAGCCCACAUGCAGGCUUUAUGUUAAAAAUAUUGCAAAGCAAGUUGAAGAAAAGGACUUGAGAUACAUCUACGGAAGAUACAUUGACGUUUCUUCAGAAGCGGAGAGGAACAUGUUUGACAUUGUACUCAUGAAGGAGGGUCGAAUGAAGGGACAGGCGUUUGUUGGGCUUCCGAACGAGAAGAGCGCUGCCAAGGCGCUGAAAGAGACCAAUGGAUACGUGCUACACGACAAGCCUCUUGUUGUGCAAUUUGCCCGAUCAGCAAGACCAAAAGAAGACUCUGGUGACACAAAAAAAGCACAGAAAAGGCAUUAAGAAGGUUAACAACCAGAUUCAUCUGUCACUUGUGAAAGAUGUAAUAUGUCAAGUUACAUCCUGGCAUUGUGGCCCAGCAAGAACGUGUGUAUCCUUUAAACGCUGCGAUAUCCUUUCAAAGCGGCUCUUGGAAAUCAUGCUGGGAGCAGAACUGAUAAAACAGCGCCGUAUGAGUGCUUCUAUACCGUGACCUUAAACCUUUGGGGAAAAUAGAAUAGAGAAGUUGGUUGUAAUAUUUUUUAUGAGGUGGCGACAAAACUAGGAAAUGUAUGCAAUUGGUAAAAAAUAUUAAAAUCAUUUUUUAUUAGUUCUUUCAUUGUGUCUGGGUGAAGUGAUGCAUUUUGUGCUGAACUAUUCUGCCCACCUAUUAUAACUUGCGUUCUGUUUUCUGUUUAGUUCCUGUGGCGAUACCCUCUGUCAGCCUGA